AUGCAAGGAACAUUGUUUUUAACUGUAGACUUUUCUCGGAGUCGGCUUGGCAUAUCUAAAACAGAGAUAAGCCAAAAGUGUAAUCUAUCUAUCUAUCUAUCUAUCUAUCUAUCUAUCUAUCUAUCUAUCUAUCUAUGUGUGGCAAAUCGAAAUCGGAUCAGUAAAGACAACCCAAUCAUCAGGCUUUCCUCCCCCGACCCCCAAGAAAAAGAUGAAUGUACCCCAUCGGCUGAUGAGAUUAUGAUGUCUCCUUUCUUGAAUCCAAAUGAGCGCAAGAAGGCGUUGUCGCAUUCCGAGUUUACGUUUACUGAUUUACAAUCCCUUGUAAUCUAUCUAUCUAUCUAUCUAUCUAUCUAUCUAUCUAUCUAUCUAUCUAUCUAUCUAUUCCUUUUGUUCCUAUCUAUCUAUCUAUCUAUCUAUCUAUCUAUCUAUCUAUCUAUCUAUCUAUCUAUCCCUGUCUGUUCUUAUCUAUCUAUCUAUCUCAGUUUGUUCCUUCUUCCUAUCUAUCUAUCUAUCUAUCUAUCUAUCUAUCUAUCUAUCUAUCUAUCUAUCUAUCUAUCCCUGUCUGUUCCUAUCUAUCUAUCUAUCCCAGUUUGUUCCUUCCUAUCUAUCUAUCUAUCUAUCUAUCUAUCUAUCUAUCUAUCUAUCUAUCUAUCUAUCUAUCUAUCCCUGUCUGUUCCUAUCUAUCUAUGUAUCCCAGUUUGUUCCUAUCUAUCUAUCUAUCUAUCUAUCUAUCUAUCUAUCUAUCUAUCUAUCUAUCUAUCUAUUCCUGUCUGUUCCUAUCUAUCUAUCUAUCUAUCUAUCCCAGUUUGUUCCUAUGUAUCUAUCUAUCUAUCCCAGUUUGUUCCUAUCUAUCUAUCUAUCUAUCUAUCUAUCUAUCUAUCUAUCUAUCUAUCUAUCUAUCUCAGAAUAAGGUGCCUACCAUAA